CUGAAACUUAUAAACUGGCGAUAGCUAAACCAGUUAGAUAGCUACCUGUACAAAGCUGCUUAGCUAGUUGCGCGGUAAUGUUACCUGAAGACGCUGGGUCUGGAGAUGUUGGCGAUGAGAUUUCUUCCAGAGAUCUCAUCUGCUUGUUGCCGAACGUCAGCCGCAUGCACACGACGCCCCAGUACUGGGACACUCGUGCUCACGCAGUGGCCGCCUUCAUGUCUAUUUUCUUUGUCGUUGCUCUCGUCUGGAACUCUAUUAUUAUCUACUCUAUGUCAAUGACUUGCUUCUCACAGUCCUAGUAAUGCCCGUCUCGAUCAUCACUACAAUAGCCCAGGACUACCCUUUUGGCAGCAGUGACUAUGUUCGCUGUAAGGUCUGCCAACAUGGCGGGAUUUUCUCUGUUUUGUCUGUGAGUUCGUUACAUCACAUCGCGCUACUCUCGCUGGACAGGUUCUUGUUUAUAUACAUGCCCAUGAGCUACAGGACCCGGGUCA